AUGGCUGUCUCUUUGCCACCCACCCUGGGACUCAGUUCUGCCCCAGAAGAAAUUCAGCACCCACAUAUUAAAUUUUCAGAAUGGAAAUUUAAGCUAUUCAGGGUGAGAUCUCUUGAAAAGGCACCCCAAGAAGCUCCAGCAGAAAAAAGAGAUUCCUCUGAGGGGAAAAGUCCUCUUGAGCAGUCUCCAGCAGUCCUUGACAAGGUUGACAGUCAGAAGCCAGUCCUGACUCAAUCUGCAUUGAAGGUGCACCCUAAGUUUUUGAAGAAAUCCCAUGAUGAUGGGAAAGCAAGAGACAGAGCAAUCCACCAAGCCAACCUUCGACAUCUCUGCCGCAUCUGUGGGAAUUCUCUUAAAACUGAUGGGCACAAGAGGAGGUACCCAGUUCACGGGCCUGUGGAUAGUAAAACUCAAGGCCUUUUACGAAAGAAGGAAAAGAAAGUCACUUCCUGGCCAGAUCUCAUCGCCAAGGUUUUCCGCAUAGACGUGAAGGGAGAUGUUGACUCCAUCCACCCCACUGAGUUUUGCCAUAACUGCUGGAGCAUCAUGCACAGGAAGUUUAGAAGCGCCCCCUGUGAGGUAUACUUCCCAAGGAGUGCCGUUAUGGAGUGGCACCCUCACACACCUUCCUGUGACAUCUGCCACCAUGCCCGUCAGGGACUCAAGAGGAAGUAUCAUCAGCCAAAUGCAGACCUCAGCAAAAAACUCAAAACCGUCAUUAACCAAGCAAGACAAGCCCGCCAGCGCAAGAGAACCCUGGCAAGGAUCAAGAGCAAGGAGAUGAUGAAGAAGAUCACAAACUGCCAUAAGAUUCAUCUCAGUACCAAGCUGCUGGCAGUGGAUUUCCCAGCACACUUUGUGAAAUCCAUCUCCUGCCAGAUUUGUGAACACAUUCUUGCUGACCCGGUGGAGACCAGCUGUAAGCAUGUGUUUUGCAGGAUCUGCAUUCUCAGAUGUCUCAAAGUCAUGGGCAGUUAUUGUCCCUGCUGCAGAUAUCCCUGCUUCCCCACUGACCUUGAGAGUCCAGUGAAGUCCUUUCUGAGCAUCUUGAAUUCCCUGCUGGUGAAAUGUCCAGCAAAAGAGUGCAGCGAGGAGGUCAGCCUAGAAAAAUAUAACCAACAUGUCUCAAGUCACAAGGAAUCAAACGAGACUUUUGUGCAUAUUAAUAAGGGGGGCCGGCCCCGCCAGCAUCUUCUGUCCCUGACCCGAAGGGCUCAGAAGCACCGUCUGAGGGAACUCAAGAUGCAAGUCAAGGCUUUUGCUGACAAAGAAGAAGGUGGAGAUGUGAAAUCUGUGUGCCUGACCUUGUUCCUGCUGGCACUGAGGGCAAGGAAUGAGCACAGACAAGCUGAUGAGCUGGAGGCCAUCAUGCAAGGACGGGGCUCUGGCCUGCAGCCAGCUGUCUGCUUGGCCAUCCGGGUCAACACCUUCCUCAGCUGCAGUCAGUAUCACAAGAUGUACAGGACUGUGAAAGCCAUCACAGGGAGGCAGAUCUUUCAGCCUCUGCAUGCCCUUCGCAAUGCUGAGAAGGUCCUUCUGCCAGGUUACCACCCAUUUGAGUGGCAGCCACCUCUGAAGAAUGUGUCUUCCAGCACUGACGUGGGCAUUAUUGAUGGACUGUCUGGACUGUCCUCCUCUGUGGACGAUUACCCAGUGGACACCAUUGCCAAACGCUUCCGCUAUGAUUCAGCAUUGGUAUCUGCUUUGAUGGACAUGGAAGAAGACAUCUUGGAAGGCAUGAAAGCCCAAGAUCUUGAUGAUUACCUGAAUGGCCCCUUUACCGUGGUGGUGAAGGAGUCUUGUGAUGGGAUGGGAGAUGUGAGUGAGAAGCACGGGAGUGGGCCAGCCGUUCCAGAAAAGGCUGUUCGGUUUUCAUUCACUGUCAUGAAAAUCACGAUAGCACAUGGCUCACAGAAUGUGAAGGUGUUUGAAGAAGCCAAACCCAAUUCCGAACUGUGUUGCAAACCCUUGUGUCUUAUGCUGGCGGAUGAGUCUGACCACGAGACCCUAACUGCCAUCCUGAGCCCCCUUAUUGCUGAGAGGGAGGCCAUGAAGAGCAGCCAACUAAUGCUUGAGAUGGGAGGCAUCCUCCGCACUUUUAAGUUCAUCUUUAGGGGCACAGGAUACGAUGAGAAACUUGUCCGGGAAGUGGAAGGACUUGAGGCUUCUGGGUCAGUCUAUAUUUGUACACUCUGUGAUGCCACCCGCUUGGAAGCUUCCCAAAAUCUUGUCUUCCACUCCAUAACCAGAAGCCACAGCGAGAACCUGGAACGCUACGAGGUCUGGCGUUCCAACCCCUACCACGAGUCUGUGGAAGAAUUGAGGGAUCGUGUGAAAGGGGUCUCGGCCAAACCCUUUAUUGAGACAGUCCCUUCCAUAGAUGCCCUUCACUGUGACAUUGGCAACGCGGCUGAGUUCUACAAGAUCUUCCAGCUAGAGAUAGGAGAGGUGUAUAAGAAUCCCAAUGCCUCCAAAGAGGAAAGAAAAAGAUGGCAGGCUACGCUGGACAAGCACCUCCGAAAGAAGAUGAACCUGAAACCCAUCAUGAGGAUGAAUGGCAACUUUGCCAGGAAGCUCAUGACCAAAGAGACAGUUGAAGCCGUGUGUGAAUUAGUGCCCUCAGAGGAGAGACAUGAAGCUCUGCGGGAGCUGAUGGACCUUUAUCUGAAGAUGAAACCCGUGUGGCGAUCGUCAUGCCCUGCUAAGGAGUGCCCAGAAUCCCUCUGCCAGUAUAGUUUCAAUUCACAGCGUUUCGCUGAGCUCCUUUCUACGAAGUUCAAGUAUAGAUAUGAGGGCAAAAUCACCAAUUAUUUUCAUAAGACGCUGGCCCACGUCCCUGAAAUCAUUGAGAGGGAUGGCUCCAUUGGGGCCUGGGCAAGUGAGGGAAACGAAUCUGGCAACAAACUGUUCAGGCGCUUCCGGAAGAUGAACGCCAGGCAGUCCAAGUGCUAUGAGAUGGAAGAUGUCUUGAAACACCACUGGCUGUAUACCUCCAAAUACCUGCAGAAGUUUAUGAAUGCUCAUAAUGCAUUAAAGAACACUGGGUUUACCAAUAACGCUCAGACAAGCUUAGGGGAUACCUUAGGCUUAGAGGACUCUUUGGAAACUCAAGAUUCAAUGGAAUUUUAA